AAUAGAGAGCCUAUAUUUCCGGUACAAGAAUGGAAGCCACCGUUGGCCGUGAUAAGCCGCUCUAGGCUAUUACGAUUUUAUGUUGAAAUUUCUGGAAGGUGGAAUGGAAAACCAGUUUAAAUUUUUAGAACAGAGGUGGUGGGGAGAAACAGAAACAGUUUCUAUGUAUGUGGUGCGCCAGUCUACCUCCACAUCGAAGCAAAAAAGAAGUUACUUUGUAGACCGGUAUAAAGUAGACCGGGAGUUUUUCGGCGGCCGAGCGGAACAAUUGCGGGUUGGUGUUUGUUUUGCGACACAGAGUACUGGAAAUCCCCGUCAUGACUUACGGCAAGGUGGUGAGGCACGUCAACAGAUAUGGCGGAAGGGGAGGAAGCGCCGCCGCUGAGCAGCUGGGAAAUAGACCUUGCAAGAGCACUUGAAGAAGGUGGCUGUGAUCUUGAAACAGUCCGAAAUAUAAUUCAAGGGAGACCUCUACCUGAUUCUCUAAGAGCCAAGGUCUGGAAGAUUGCUUUGAAUGUCAUAGGCAAAGGAGAUAGUUUGGCAUCCUGGGAUGGUUGUUUAGAUCUGCCAGAACAGACGUUGAUUCAUAAAGACUGUCAAGAACUGGUUGAUCAGUUGGCAAUGCCAGAGGAGGAGAAAUCAGCAUUACUUCUGGAUAUAGAAUCUGUGGUUACCUUUUACUGUAAAUCUCGUAGUGUUAAAUACAGUUCUAGCCUUAGUUGGACAUAUCUGCUUAAACCACUGGUGCAUCUUCAGCUUCCACGAAGUGACUUGUACAACUGUUUCUAUGCUAUCAUGAAUAAGUACAUCCCCAGGGACUGUUUUCUGAAAGGGAGACCGUUUCAUCUCUUUAGGCUGCUCCUCCAGUAUCAUGAACCUGAACUCUGCUCCUUUCUUGACACCAAAAAGAUAACACCUGACUCGUACACACUCAACUGGCUUGGCAGCUUGUUUUCCUGCUACUGUUCAUAUGAAGUCACUCAGGCAAUAUGGGAUGGCUACCUCCAACUAGCUGAUCCAUUCUUCAUUUAUUUCCUAAUGCUAAUCAUUCUUGUUAAUGCAAAAGAAAUGAUCUUAGGACAAGAGUCAAAUAGCAAAGAGGAAGUCAUACAAUUUCUAGAAAGAUCCCCUGCCAGUUUGGAAUUAGAAGAUAUAGAAGACCUUUUCUCUUUGGCACAAUAUUACUGUAGCAAAACUCCAGCUUCCUUCCGAAAGGACAACCACAGUAUUUUUGGCAGCAGCUUGUUGGGUCUCAAAGACGAUGAUUCAGACUUGAGUCAAGCUCUGUGUCUAGCAGUUUCUGUAUCAGAGAUCCUUCAAGCAAAUCAGCAGCAAGGGGAUGGAGUAAGGUUCUUUGUGGUGGACUGUCGCCCUGCAGAACAGUAUAAUGCUGGACAUUUAUCAACUGCCUUUCAUUUAGACUCGGACUUGAUGCUCCAGAACCCAUCAGAAUUUGCCCAGUCUGUGAAAUCUCUCCUAGAAGCACAAAAACAGUCUAUUGAAUCAGGCUCCAUAGCUGGAGGAGAACAUCUUUGUUUUAUGGGAAGUGGCCGGGAAGAAGAGGAUAUGUAUAUGAACAUGGUGCUAGCACACUUCUUGCAGAAAAAUAAAGAAUAUGUAAGCAUUGCUAAAGGAGGAUUUAUGGCAUUGCAACAGCACUUAGCUGACAUUAAUGUGGAAGGACCUGAAAAUGGAUAUGGCCACUGGAUCGCUAGCACUUCUGGCUCAAAAAGUAGUAUUAACUCCUUAACUGAGGUUGAUUCUUCUAAUGGUUCAAGUGAGGGAAAGAGUGUCAAGUCCUUGGUAAACAAGAUGACAGUAGCUUUGAAGACUAAAUCUGUGAACGUGAAAGAAAAAGUUAUUAGUUUUAUUGAAAACACAUCAACUCCUGUAGAUAGAAUUUCUUUCAAUCUAUCCUGGCCCGAGAGAGCAAGUAUGCUGCGGCAUGUCAGCAGCAGUGACAGACUGGGAAAACCUUACCGAGGUGUGAAACCUGUUUUCAGCAUUGGUGAUGAAGAAGAAUAUGAUACUGAUGAAAUUGAUAGCUCCUCGAUAUCAGAUGACGAUCGAAAAGAGAUUGUCAACAUUCAGACUUGGAUAAAUAAACCAGAUAUAAAGCAUCAUUUCUCUUGCAACGAGGUGAAAGAAAAUGGGUACAUGUUUCCUAGUCAUCUUCUAGUAACUGCGACACACAUGUACUGUUUGCGGGAGAUUCCAUCUCGAAAGGGAUUGGCUUACAUACAGUCUCGACAGGCAUUAAACUCUGUCAUUAAGAUCACGUCGAAGAAGAAACAUCCAGAAUUGAUUACUUUUAAAUAUGGAAAUAGCACCACUACAGGCGUAGAGAUCUUAGCAGUUGAGAGGUACCUGAUUCCAAAUGCUGGUGAUGCUACCAAAGCAAUAAAACAACAGAUUAUGAAAGUUCUGGAUGCACUGGAAAGCUCAUAAGAAAAUCCAUUUUCAAGGGGGAGGGGGUUUCCAAAGGAAAAUUAUAACCAGGAGAAUUGUUCACUGACCUAAAAUGACUAAUUUCUCAGCGGAAUGCUAACAGAAGAUGUCAUUUCUGUUUACUGAUGGGUGUGGCGAGUAGCCAUCUUAAGAUACGGAUAAAUUAAACCAUUUUUGAACAUUUAACAUUUUUCUUUAAUGCUGCUUAUUAUAAAGAUCAGCUAUUUUAAAAGUAGCUUUAGAAGAGCUGACCUGCAUCUGAAGAAAAGGAUUUUGAAAAAUUGUAUUAAGGCUGUAGAGCACUUUGGGGUAUGGAAAAGUAGUUGAAAUUCCUGAGCUCUUAGCUGACUUUGCAAAUUGCAAAGUAGCAAAUGUUUUUACAAUCCUUAUGCACUGAAAGUUUGGCUUGAUCUGCUGGGUCAGUAUAUGGGGUCAGAAACUAGAGCUCCAUAAAAAUGAUACUUUUUUCUUAGGAAAAAAAUUGGGAGCUAAUAAAAAAAUUUGUAUUAUAUCAAACUGGAAAAAAGACACUGUAUCUUUGUAAGUGGUUUUUUUAUGCCUUCUGUGCAUUAUCAGGUUUAAAAAGACUGAAUGAUUCAGUUACUAAAUUUUAAAUACCAAACUAAAAUGUGUAUAGUAAUGAAGAGUUCACAGGCAAUGGUUAUUACUACUAUAAAAAUUAACAUUUCCCUUAGCCAAAGUCAACAUGGUAGUGGAAAAUACAAACAGAGGAGUGAUGGGAUCUAGGAAGUCGCUGUGGUGACACAUGUAAAUGUAGUCCUUUGGGAUAUCUUUUUCCUGAAAUUGUGUGACACAGGCAGAAACAUUGAAUGCUACUAAUAAAGCAAUGUGACCAGAGAGCUGCACAUUUUUGAUCAUUUAGGGUGUGGCAAAUGAGUUUUUUUUCCUUUCAAGAUAUGGAAUGCAUGUGUGUAUUUAUAGAAUAUCUUCAGUGUUACAGAAUUUAAACAUUUUGCUACAGAUCCAUAGCUUUCACUCUCACAGAAUUCAGAUGUCUUGCUUAAUUGUGAUUAAGUAAAAAUGGGCAUGAACUUCGCUUAUUGCCAGGCUCAUGCAUGCAGUUUACUGCACCUUGCAUAGAAAAUCAGUGUUUAAAACGAUGGUUACCUGUGAUGCAUGAAUACAGGGGAGUAGUUAGAUCCCAUCAUUAAUGGGGUUUCUUAAUCUCCCCCUUCCCUGCAAACCAGGAUCCUCAGUCAGGAUUUAACUAACUCCAGUUAAGCCACAUUCCUGUGCUGCUACAUCAUGGAACUGGUUUAACUGCAGUUUGCCACAUGAGCAUGGAGUAUGAACCAAGCAAACAGCUGAGUUUGUGCACAUUUUCAGCUUACCACAGUAAAGGUAAGGCAUCUGAAUGCAGCAGUAUUGACCAAAACUUUAUCUCCUGUUUAAGAUGAACUUAGGGUCCUGGAGCAAUUUUUAUGCAUUUUCAUGAAAGAGUGUAGAUCCUUUGGGGGAUGGGGAAAAACAGUUUAGGGAAUCUGAUGUGCUGUGUAACAACUCAAGAGUUGCAGGUCAUAAAGUAAUAGUUCUGUACCAUAAAUGGAGCUGACUUUAUAACUAUCAGCUCUCUUAAGUUAUAUUCUUAAUAGUAAUCAAGGCACCUUAAUUCUGAAACUAACUCCCAUAUUUUUAAAAAAUAUCUAAAUUAGAAUGAGAAGUAUUUGAACAUUAAUUGCAUGAACUGCACCUCUGCCAGUGCUGUUGUAUUUAGUUCUGCCCUCCCCUUCAGCUGUUGUGUUGCUUUUUUGUUUUCCUUUUUACGAAAAAUAAAAUCUCCUGAAGAGCCUCCACACUGUGCCUACUUCAGCAAUGAGAUUUUUUUCAUAAUGUUAUUGUAAAGAUGUUUGUGUUACUGUUUAUAAACUGCAGUUGUAAAUAAAUCGAUACUAUUUGAACACA